AUGGAUGUCGAAUUCGUGCCCAGGGCGAGCACCUCAGAGGCUGCAUGGGAGCUACAGUCAUGGAGAGGUUCUGACGCAGAGGCGGCACCCACUUUGACCUCUUCUGAGGCUACGCCGGCCCCCCAAGAUAUUGCCCCGGCUGCUACAUCAGAAUCUUUGCCGCCAUCAAAUGUGCCAAUCCUGAGAGCCGAUUUAUCUGUGAUCGAUGGAAGUGCUGAAGGUAUCAACCAUGUCGAUACAGGCGCACAUAUUGGAAGUUCGAACGUGUCCUUUCAUGGCUCUGAUGCUCAUAUGAGUACAUCGCAAUGCAACGAGUCUACAAAUAUAAACUCAUCUGAUUUGAUGGACACUAUGCCAGACUCUUCUACACCGUCAGCUCAUAUUCCCAAUACAUUAUCCGUCUCGGUCACAGCGCAGCCCAACAAACAGCUCGAGGACCUCAGACCGCUACUUGCUAUAGGAACACUCCGGCAGACAGAUUCCCAAUUACCAGAGUUUCAGCUACUGGAAGCGAAUCGCUGGAUCCGCUGCCAGGAUCACCAUAGAAGUUCCAGCGUUAGAAUUUAUGUCGACCCAAAACUUGUCCAUCAAAACAACACACAGCGCUCUAUCAAAGACUUGAGAAACGCUUUCAAAGUAGUGAUGUCCAAGACCGACCCUUCACCUGAGGCUUGGCAGGGGCAGAGGGAUGCCAAUAACCCAGAUGCACUAUCAAAUGAUGAAGAUGAUGAAUCGUUGUGGUACAUAUUCAACACUUUGCAAGAUCCAAACCCACAAGUGGGUAUUGUCCAAGAUGCUCCCUCGCGCAAAGCCAUGUCAUAUCUGUUGUCUGAUGAAGAUUUCUCAGAGUAUGGCCUUAAAACUCCUCUCUAUCCAUACCAGCGUCGUUCGGCUGCUAUGAUGGUGCAGCGGGAGGUGCAGCCGGCGCGAAUGCUUGAUCCGCGUUUGCAGGCGUAUUCCAGUCCAACAGGCCUUGAGUAUUAUUUUGACAAGGAAGAUGGAUGGAUCACUCUUCAAAAGGAGAUGUAUGAUGAGGCUGUUGGAGGUAUCCUUGCGGAGACUAUGGGCUGCGGGAAAACAUUGAUUUGUCUUGCCGUCAUCUGGGCCACUCGAGGCCAUUUCCCAAAGAUACCUAUUGAGUACUUACCAGCAAUACCAGUCCGCGAAAAGACUGGAUCUCUCAUGGAGAUGGCAGCCGCUGCAGCUGGACGAAAAUCCCUGCCUUGGAAAGCGCAUUUCAUUGAGACAGAACAAGAUGGCAAAUUUUAUACCCGCUGUGUCAAGGCCUGUGAAUCUAACUGUGGAUUCUACGAAAUCGCGCCACCUGCGACGAGACACCAAGUCCGGCUGACCACGACUUUCACCCGUCCUCCGCCAAAGCGCAUUCGCCUCUGCUCUGGAACACUCAUUAUCGCCCCCAAUAACUUGGUAGAUCAUUGGAUACGCGAGAUCAGUGUCCAUACUGAAGGCCUCAAGAUCCGAGUAUUGCGACAAGGGACUGAUAAGACACCAUCAGCAGACGACCUUCUAGAAUUUGACAUUGUGCUUUUCUCAAAAACACGCUUUGAACGAGAAGUGGGCGAGCCUGUCAAUAACCGGCGCAAUACAUUUGUCCAGGUUGACUCACCACUGACAGAGCUUCACUGGCUCCGUGUCAUUGUUGAUGAAGGGCACAAUGUUGCAGGCCAUGGCUCGAAGACGAACAUGAUUCACAUGCUCGGUCAGCUACAUUUCGAGCGUCGUUGGGUUAUUUCUGGAACACCCUCUGACAAUCUCAUCGGACUGGAAGUUAGUCUUGCAUCUCAGGAGGCUUAUACCAGCGACACUGAGUCUCCUGAAGAAAUCGCUGCAGCUGUUCUGCAAGGUCGCAAGAAGACUGGAAAUGCUGGCGAGAGGGAGUUGAAAGAUCUGGAUAGACUCCGGCGCAUGGUUAUCGAGUUCUUAGAUUUGAAACCCUGGUCGAACUGUCCUGCUGAUUGGACAAAAUACAUCAAACCGAAGGGUAAAGACGGUACCCGACGAAAGUCUCCAGCGAUUCGCGCUACACUUCAAGGUCUUGUGGUGAGACACCAGGAUGACACUGUCAACCGGGAGAUCACACUUCCGAAGUUGUACAAUAAAACAGUCCAUCUGGAACCGACUUUUCAUGACCGGUUGUCGAUUAAUUUGUUCCUCUUCGGACUUGCUGUGAACUCCAUUACCUCCGAGCGUCAAGGCCCAGAUUACAUCUUCGACCCUAGUAACCGGAGGCACCUCAAUCAAACUAUCACCAACUUGCGCCAGGCUGGAUUCUGGUGGGCGGGAUCGGAAACGGACCCUCAGGAAACCAUCAAUCAUACGCUCAAGUACAUAGACGCCAAUCGAGAGAAGAUGACACCCGCGGAUGUUGAGCAGUUGAGCCGUGGAAUGGAUAUCGCCCGUCUAGCAUUGGAAUGCAGCAGCUGGCGCGAGUUCAAGCAGCUGCAUGAGCUUGGAGUCUUUAUGAAGAAUUUUCCGGCAGACCACAAGACCCAUUGGGCACUUGAUCGCGCGAAUCCAGACAGGGAACCGCUACUUAUGGGCAUCACGCAAGCUCGUCAUGCCCAGCAAUUCGUCACGGAACAUCUUCGAGCACAUGAUCCUUCCGAUGGACUAUCCUCAAGGGGUCUCAGAGUCAGAUUUGAACUCCAGAAGCGUGAUAAAGGGGCUACUGCCACAAAGGGUGCACCAGAGUCCGCCAAUACAUCUGCCGCCCCUGGGCAACUGAGCCAUGGCGCGAAGCCCAAGAGCAACAGAUCUCCGAAGAAGACUUACUCUCGCAAGAUCAUCAAGAGACUUCCCGAAGAUUCACCCCUUAUGAAGACUCAAUUCAUCGCCACUGCCUCAGCAAAGCUCACAUACCUGCUAGACCGAGUCUGGGAGCUUCAAAUGCAAGAAAAGAUCAUCAUAUUUUACGAUAACCCCAACACCGCCUUUUGGAUCGCCGAAGGCCUCGAACUCCUCGGUGUCGAGUUUCGUAUUUACGCAAGUACACUGAAGACUGAUCUUCGCGAAGAAUAUCUGAACCUGUUCCGUGAAACAAGCGAAGUUCGCGUCCUCCUUAUGGAUCUACGGCAAGCCUCCCACGGUCUCCACCUCGUACAAGCCUCUCGAGUAUUCAUCGUGAACCCCAUCUGGCAACCCACCGUCGAAAGCCAAGCUAUUAAACGUGCCCAUCGUCUCGGACAGACUAAACCAGUCUACGUCGAGACGCUCGUUCUCCGAGAUACACUAGAAGACCGAAUGCUUCGCCGGCGAAAGGAAAUGUCAGAGGCCGAGAUGCAGAAUGCAGAGAAGAGUCUGCUUGAUGACCACGCUAUGAGCGAUAUCAUUCAGCGAGAGCCCUUUCUAGCCAUGCCUGUUGAAGAAAAUGCAGAACUGGCGCCUUUGCUGUAUGCCACUGGGUUCUUCGAUAAACAUUCCCUGCCGAUCCCCGAUGAGGAAGUUGUGGGCAAGCGAGAUCAAUUGAAGCGGGCUCAGCAGAUUGAAGAGUCUGAUGCUGAUUCCGAUGCAUUCCCUCCGGAAAGUCCUACACCUAAGAGAUCGCGCAUUGGGUUUGCAUCAUCUGUGCAAGUUAUCGAAGAUGUAGUUGGCUCUUCAUCGGAGAGAUCUCCAAGGCAGUCCCCAGAGAGGCGGGUGUCGUUGUUCAAUCCUGGAGUUUGA